UUUUGAAAUUGUCACGAAGACAGCUUCCGCCACGUGACCGGAAGUGCUACAUCUGUUAAGAUGGCGACUCCCUAUGUAACAGAUGAGUCUGGAAAGUAUAUUGCUGCUACACAGCGUCCAGAUGGGACAUGGAGGAAACCUCGGCGAGUGAAGGACGGAUAUGUUCCUCAGGAGGAGGUGCCUGUCUACGAGAAUAAAUACGUGAAAUUUUUUAAGAGCAAACCGGAUCUGCCUCCCGGAAUGAAUCCAGAGGAUGCAGCUGCAGCCAAGCAACAGCAGCAGGCAGCAGUGAAAACAGAACGAGAGAGCGAGUCAUUUGGCCUGUCCAAAGCAGCCAAACGCAACAUGAAACGCAAAGAGAAACGCAAGCAGCAGCAGGUGCAGGGCCACCCUGAAGUGAACAAGGAGGUGGAGACAGUAACAAAAGAGCUGGAGAAGGUUGCAGUUGUAGCUGAAGAGCAGAACAGCACAAGCGCGAGCGCUUCUACAGAGCUGUCCACCGCUAACACGGACAAAGCCAAGAAGAUCAAGAACGUGAGGAAGAAGCUGCGCCAAGUGGAGGAGCUGCAGCAGAAAGUAGACUCGGGGGAGCUCCAAAACCCUUCCAAGGAUCAGUUGGAAAAAUUAGGACGGGCUCAAGCCUUACGCGAAGAGCUGAGGCAGCUGGAGGCGGAUUCGUAAAGCAUGAUGGUGUAUUACAAGCAGAGGGGCCCAUGGUGUAGUGUUUUCUUUCUGUAUAUAUAUAUAUAUUUUAUUUUUAUUAUUUUUUUUUUUCAAAAUUUAGAAUAGAUCUUCAUUUAUUCCAGUUGGUGUAUUUCCAGUUUUGUGAAGCUCCAUCCCACAGCCUUGUUCCUUUCACUUCUGCCAAUCUGUGAUACAGGAAUAUUUAAAACAGGUUUAUUUUUAAACAUUAUCGUGCAGUUAGUGCUUCUCACUCCUACCCAUAAAACCAUUACUACUAAUCAUUUUUUUGUGUAAAGCUUAGUUAUGAAUGACAUUUAUGCAUUCAUGUGGGAUGAAUUUUGCCAAAAUAGAUUAGAGGAGUGAGGAAGCCUUCGUUUUACUCAUUGAGAAUUGCGCCUCAGUUUCCUCGUGAUGGAUCCGUCAUGGCAGGAUUUCCUUCGUGACGCUGUGCGUUGUUGACACUACCUUUUUCUUCAUAACACAGACUGAAAUGAAAGAACGAACUGAACACCAAGCCACUCUGAGGACACAGUGCUAGGACUUGAAUGGCUGCAGUAUUUUUUCCUAAUUUUAACAUUUGUGAUUUCAGUAAUGAUCUUAAACAAUGUAAAGCAUGUUGUACCUCCACAGGUUACUUCUAAAACUCGUAUGGAUUGGCCAUCUUUGGACUGAUUAAGAAAGACAGUAUUUCAAAAGUCAGCCAUGUCAUUUCUUUCUUUCAGAAGGCCUUUUUAUUAUAUGUAUGAUCCUUUUUUUAUAGUAGUAGUUGUCAAAUAUUAAGCAGUGUUGUUGUAUUACAUUAAAGAAUGAAAGACGUUCA